CAGCAGGGGUUGCUCUUACCAGACCUGGACUUGCCUAGGCCCCGCUGGGCUCUGACUGGGGUUACAUGGGGGGACAGGCACAAAGCCUCACGUGGAUUUUCGGGGGUCCCCCCCGUAAGCCCCUUGGGCUGAGCCCCCUUCUCUGUUCGCACAUGUGUGUUUGUGAGUCUGCCGGUGUGUCCAGCGGCAUGGGGGCUUGCGUCCACGCGUGUGUCUCUGUCAGUAGUGGUUUGUGGGUUUGUGGGUGAGACUUGUUGCCGUGCGAGUGUGUGCACCUGUCAGUCAUUGUUGUGCAUGCAAGAUUGUGUGUGUGUGUGAUUGUGCAUCUCUACAUAUCAGUUGCCAUGGUGUGAUUGUGUAGCUCUUUGUGGGUAUCAGUUGUCAUCAUGUGUGUCCGAUUGUGUGUCUGUGUGUGUAUCCGUUCUGGUGGGAUGUGUGUGUGAUUGUGUUUGCCUGUUUAUGUGUCAGUUGUCAGGGUGUGUGCCAUUGGGUAUCCGUGUGUAUCAGCUGUCAUGCUGUGCGUUCAGCUGUGCAUCGCUGUGUCUAUCAGCUAUCGUGGUAUGGGCGGGCCUGUGCAUCUCUGGGUGUAUCGGUUGCCAUGGUGUGCGUACGAUGGUGCGGCUCUGGUUGUGUGUCAGACGGUGGGUGCAGUUGUCUCUCGGGGUGUAUCAAUUGUCACAGUGACUGCGCAUCUGUGUGGGCAAUUGUCUACCUGUGUAUCCGUUGUGUGUGUGUGAGGGGAGGUUGGGAUUGUGCAUCUCUGUGUCUGCCAGUCGUCGGGGGGGAGGAGGUGACUGUGCCUCUGUGUAUCAGCUGUCCUGGUGUGUGUCGGUCAACACGGUCUGCCUGUCUGUGUUGUGGUGUGUGUACCCCCCUUACAGCCCCCCCCCCUUACAGCCAAUCUCUGCGUCACAACGGGCCCCGCCCCCUCCAUUCCCUCCAGCGCCCCAAGGGUUAACCCCUGGAGCAGGCGAAUUCGAAUGACAACACACGCUGUGUGUGUGUGAGCUACACCCGGCCGGCCUGUGCGGGGGGGGCUACCCCCGGCCUGGGCAAUGUGUCUCUGUCGGUGUUGCAUCGGGAGCCGAUUUGCCAAUGCUCAAUAACCAGCCAGCAACUGUCCGACUGUACAACCCUCCCUCCCUCCUCCGCCUGUUGGCAGCAGGGAGGGUGUGAAACAGGCGCAGGGGAGGUGUAGCCUGGGCAGUUUCAGCAGAAAAAGAGCUGGGAUGGAUCCGGGAACCAGCUGGAUGGAUUAAACCAGGGAGGGGGGGCUGGGGGGGAAGCUUGGGGACCCCCCCUUGCACCUCUGGACUGGGGCCUGACUCACACACAGACACACACAGGGCGGUUGUGCAUCCACCGAUCCAGGAAGCAGAACAGCGCACUCCAGAGAGGAAAGACGUUGGGGAUGGGAGCUCAUGGCUCUUAGCCAGGCCUGACCCGGCCCCCCCGCGCUGCCCCCCUGGCCCCAGCAUGGAGGUCAAAGGGCAGCUCAUCACCUCCUCCAGCUACAGCUCAGCAGAUGCCCUGGGGCGGGACCCCGGCUUGCGGCUGCGGCUGCAGGAGCUGCAGGAGCGGCAGUGGGGCCUGCGGGAGGCGCUGGGGUUGCGGGUCGCCGAGCUGCGCCGGCUCUGUCUGCAGGAGGCCGAGCUGACAGGGAAGCUGCCCCCCGAGUACCCGCUGGAGCCGGGGGAGAGACCCCACCCCGUCCGGAGAAGAGCGGUGCCCGCCCACCGGGGACCUGGAGCUGAGGCGCUGGCGUGGGAGCUGCGCCGGGAGCUGGCCGUGCAGCGGCAGGUGGUGGAGGCCGCACGGCGCCUGGCCCUGGCCCCGGAGCUGUCGGAUCAGCAGCGUCGCCGGCGUCGGCAGGUCCAGGCCGAGGCCGCCCAGCGCCUGCGGGAGCUGGAGGGGCAGCUGGGGGAGACGCGGGCCCGGCUGGGGGCGCCCCGGGGAGCGCACGAUGAGGCGUUCACCUCCGAGAACAGCUCCCUCUCCGAAUCGGCCAGUCACGAGAACAACGACCCCCACGGUUUCCACCCGCCCAAGGUGGGCCCCUCGUCCCCCCGCAGCCGGGAUCACCUCCGCGCCGUGUCCGGCAGCCCCGACCGCCGGCCUGGCUGGCGAGGGCCCCCCACGGAGCUGGGGGGGGGGGCCGCCAGCCGCCGCAGCUCGCUAGCCAGCCCUACCAGCCCGAGUCGGACCCUGCCCCGGAGCGUGUCCAGCUUUGAGGGCCGGAGCGUCCCAGCGACCCCGGUUCUGACCCGGACCAUCUGCAGCGGGAGCCACGUCAGGCCGGACGCCCCCCCAGCCACCCGUCAGUGGUCGGGGAGCCAGGACUCCCAGCUCGGCCCCCCCAGCCGGGACCCCAGCGCCGACCGGGCCCCCCCAGCCUUCGCCGCCCGAACCCGCCGCAGUAACAGCUCGGAGGCCCUGAUCGAGCGGGGAGCCCCCCCCGAAGACCCUCCUUUCCGUGGCCCCCCCCGGCCCCCAUACGCCGAGAUCCUCCUGGACUAUUACCUGGAGCCCCACUGCUCGCCGGCCGGAGCCCACCUCUCGCGCCGCGAUGCCCCCCCGCCUCCCGGCUGGGGGUACCCCGAGAGCCCCCUGCCACGCCGGGCAGGGCGCGCCAAGUCCUGCGGGCCCCCUCCCCAGAGCCAGCCGCCGGCCCCCAGCCCGCCCCGGGCCGUCCACAAAGCCUUGGCCCUGGAGGGGCUCCGGAACUGGUACCUGCGGAACGCCGGCGGAGCGGGGGGGGCCCCCCCGCCCCGGGACAGGAGAGGGGGGGCCCCCCGUGGCUGGCCCGAACCCCACCCCCGGCCGGAGACGGGGGGCUACCUGCCCCAUUCGCUGAGCUACGCUGGGCAGCCGCUGCAGGGCAGACCCUUCGCAGACCUCCUUUACCCGGACGGACCCGGUGCCCCCUCCCCCAGCCUGGGGCCCCCCUUGGAUGUGGAGAGACACCCCCCAGGGACGCUGGUCUGACCUCCAUGUGGGGAGGCAGGGACAGCCAGGGGUUAAUCUCACAUGGGGGGACGCUCCCCUGCUGGACGGGGGUGUGUGGCAUCAGGCGGAUUAGAUGUGGGGGGAGAGUCACACGGCCCCCCCGCUAGGGUGGUGUGGGGCACGGAUGCUCAGCCCCCCAUGGGCUGAGACGACCCCCCCCCCAGCAACCUCAAUCUCCCCCCUGCCCACAUUCAGAUAUGGGGGACAGGUCCUGGCUGGGAAAUCAGCCACCAACUGAAUUCCUGUUCCCACUGGGAGUAACUGCCCCCCCCCAAACCCUCCCCUUUCUAAAAGUCUGGACAGACACCCCCCCGCCCCGCCCAACACCUAUCCGCUCCCUGACACCCCCCUCAUGUUCCCUCCCCCGCGUCUGGCCAUACCCCCCACACCACAUCCCUCUCCCCAAACUGAGACAGAUGCUCCCCUUCCCUCCCCCAUCCAGUGAGCCCCUCCCAAAACAGCCCCCCCCUCCUGUCCGGCUCAAUUAGGAAACGAACUCAAAUUCUUGACAUUCCAGCCCUGGCCGGUGUCCGGUGGAUUUUCCUUUAAAAGUUACACACAAGAAGAAAGUCACUUUUUUUUCCUUUUCCCGCUGGAUUUUAUUUAGGGGGAACUGGCAGGCGGGGGGUGGGGGGUGGGAUUCUACCUCCCAGGUCCCCCCCCACACACCUCCCAUGAUCCACGUGUUAGUAGCGACGGGCACCAGCAUGCGACGGGCUCUGGACCUCGACUUCGCCCCGUUCCCAGCGCGUGGAUUGUAACGGGAAUUUCUUUGGCAAAUGUCAAACUGCUCACGGUGCAGAACGGGGUUUGUAUAAUACAGAGCGCAAAGGCGA